ACUUGCACGAGCUCACCGAUAUGAUGCUGCACGGGGAGCCGCCGAGUCCUGCCAUCGCAACGGCAGAUUGGCCACGGUACUUGGACCUGUCUCGGCCGCAGUCCACUCCGACACGAAAGCGUUCCCGGUUCAGCGACGUCCACGAGCACUCGAUCACAGAGUACUACCGCCAAGAGUGCCUCGUGGCGUAUUACACGCCUCGCAACCUCGCACCGUUGCGUAUGGACCACGAAGACGAAGAUGACGCGUUACCGCCCCGCAAGCAGCGCGUCGGACGGCGGCACGUGACCUUUCACAGCGACCUGGACGUCGUUGGCGUGGCUGACCCCGACGUCGACCGGCGACCCACGCCCGUUGCGCCCGUUCCGUCCGACGAAAUGCGCAACUUGCUGGCGGCGCGCGUGAUUCCGCCUCAAAACAAAUGAACGUCCAUAUCGGAGUUCAAUCGAGAGCUCGCACGACGCCGUUGCUUUACGACGUUCUCAUGAAACGACACAGCAACCGCGUAGACUACAACAGCUCGAUCGGUCGUUUUCGUCGUCCUACGAUAAAAAUACCGUGAUCAUUUGCAUGUGCGAGAGCACGUGCCAUGGCACGGCGACAGCACCUCGGACAGGGCACCCUCCAUCACGUUGCGGGACGCCAGUGUCUCGACAGCGCUAAAGUCUGCGACCCACGCCGCAUUGCCUUCAUGUGCCACGGGAGUUGAAACGCAUCUGGUCGUG